AUGGAACUGGAAGUCCGCGGAACAGGCGGAACUCAACGAGACCGUCUGCGCAGCCGCGUAGAAAGUCACCGCGCGGAACUUAAACGACUAACCCAAGAAUUUCAACUAUCCCGAAAGCCCAAAGAGGAAAUCGUGGACUUGAACGUCCUGGACGAAUGGGACAAUGAAGUCGUCACCGAAGACCAAAAAUCCCGGCUUCUCGACACUUCAGAGCGCAUCGAUCGCACUGGAAGAACUCUGCAAAAUGGCUACCGUAUGAUUCUUGAAACUGAAGACAUUGGCGCGCAGGUUCUCAAGGAUUUGAGCGAACAAAGAGAAACUAUUCAAAGAGGCCGAUCUCGGGCAAGUUUUUAA